AUCCUCUUGACCAAUUGGGUCUACUCUAGCUUCAAUUUCAGUUACUCAUUCAUGUCUUCCAACGAUAAACUUUUGGUUAAUACCAACUUUGGGCCGGUGGUAGGGUUUCAAGAUACUCAUCCACUCAGUGAUCGAUCGACAGCCUCCAGUGUAGCAAGUGGUCAAAUCGGAGAUCAACUCCCGAUCAACAAGUGGCUUGGAAUACCUUAUGCGCAAGCUGCAAGAUGGACACGUCCCACGCCUCCUAAUUCCUGGCAAGAACCUCUUCUGUGCCACGAGUUCGGCCCACACUUUCCACAACUACGGUUUCCACAAGAACCACUCUCACAACAACCAGUUUCCGUUGAAGUGAUUUAUUUGGGAAAGCCAGGACUUCACCCCCGAGCUUGGCGAGAGCAAUCAGAAGAGAAAGGUCACAACUUGAAUGUCUUCCUCCCUGAUGAAGUUCAGACAGGCGAUAAAGUUCCCGUAAUGGUUUGGAUUUAUGGAGGUGCUCUUUUGAACGGGAGUGCCUGCGUAUCGAUGUACGACCCCACCGAAUGGAUUCGCAGAGAAGCUGCCGAAGGACGAAAGUUUAUCGUCGUGACGGGUAAUUAUCGAGUGAACCUGUUCGGUUUUCUGUCUUCUUCAGAAUUGGCGGCCCAGGACGAGGAUGGAUUAUCAGGAAAUUACGGGGCUUAUGACUGUAUAUCUUAUCUUCAGUGGGUCCAAGACAAUAUUGCGAAAUUUGGUGGCGACCCAGACAAUGUGACUGCCUUUGGGGAAUCAGCAGGUGGUGUGGUGGUUUCUAAUCUUCUUCUAUGCCAGAAGAAACUUUUCAAGAACGCCAUCCUUCAAUCUGGUACUCCUGGUACAAUCCCUUAUGUAGAACCCAAGUUGGCUGACACGUUUUACGAGGAACUAUGUGACAAAGCUCUGAAGACCACUCCCCAAGCUGAGCGUCUCGCAGCUCUCCGAUCACUCCCAGCUGAUGAGCUUCUAAAAUACUCUCCUCAAGGCGCUGGCACCGUAGGAUUUUCGACUGAACAGUCUAACAAAGGCAUUUGGACUUCUGCUUCAGGAAACGACGCUUUGAAAGAAGGCAAAUGGAGUCCUUAUCUCAAAUCAGUGUUGCUGGGUACGACAAAAGACGAGGGAAGUAUCUUUGCGAUGCUUUUUCAAGGCGUUUCGAAAGACGGAUACGACUUAAUGUGCGAAAGAAUGUAUUCAAAAGUACCACGAGCGCAUCUCGAUAAGCUUUAUCCUCCUGUUUUCCCGGAUAUCAAAUCUGGAGAAAGUCCAGACUACGCUUCUAGUGUGGCAUGUCAGCUUUUAUCCGAUCAAAUUUUCAUCGCACCUACAGAAAACUGUGCCAAAAUUUUGAGCUCCACUCCUAAUGCUCAAACCGGUGAACGUCUCUCGGUGUAUAUGUAUAAAUUAAACGCUACAGUAGACAAGAUUGAGGACGGACGAGGCUUAGGUGCAUUUCAUUCGGUCGACGUUCCUUUCAUUUUUAAUAUCAAAGGAGCUUGGUCGGAAGAUUCUACCAAUGCCAAGACUUCAGCUCUGAUGGGCAAGUACUGGUACACCUUUGCUAAAUCUGGGUGUCCUGAAUCUACUUGGCCCCAAUAUGAUAUUGCUGCACCAUUUCGAACGGUCUUUGAAGUCGAUGGUGGUACCAGCGUUGAAGAUAUGGCUGGCAAGUCUGAGCUUGAAAAGGCUCGACACGAGUUCUGGAACCAAAUAUCAUGAGUCUCAUUGAAGACCAAUCAUAUGAAAAAAUAUAUGUUCGCAAGGCUAUGGCUUGUUAGCCUGAACACAUCUUCUCUACGAGUGACAAAGCCGUUAGGAUCAACAACGCCCAAGACAUGCUUGAUUCUUGACUAAAGCCGUGAUGAACUCCAUUUUAGCCUCUCAAAAUAUGUAUCUCCUCACCCCUAAUGUUGAAGUGUGUAUCUUAUCUUGACUGUAUCUCAUGUAUAUCGCAUCCGAACUUAUUUCGACUGCC